UACUAGGAAGAGGUCUACUGCGCAGGCUCCCCUGAAUCCCGGAAGUUUUGAAUCCUGUAGCUGACAGCGAGAGCAGUAAAUGCUUUCUGUGCUGUCGGUUUGUUUUUGUUUUGUUUUCCUCCUGAGAGACACAUAAUUAUCCCGUGUGCCUCCACAACAGUGAACCGGGGUGACGCUCCCUCCAGUCCCGCCUGCAGAGCAGAUGUCCGGUUUCGACCUCGUCCCGGUGGACGGUGGCGGCGGGGAUCCCAUCCACCUGCCGCCGGGGGAGACCGUGCUGGGCAGGGGGCCAUUCCUGGGAGUCAGCGAUAAGAGAGUGUCCCGACUUCACGGGCUGCUGGAGAACCAAAACGGACAGCUGCGCCUCAAACCGACGCACCUGAACCCGUGCUUUGUUCAGUCGUCGCUGACCGACGACCCUCGCCCUCUGCAGAGAGACUCCUGGUGUCCUCUUCACGAUGGAGACUUGUUCUCUCUGCUGCCGGACCAGUACGUCUACAAGGUGGUGGCCGUGGGCGGAGGAGACCGCACUCCCAGAAACAGUCAGAUGUUUGAGGAAGAAGAAGGAGAGCUUCUCGUUUCUCCCAAACCAGAUGUGGAACCGCCUCGUCCUGUUGGACAGACUCCACCGACAGCGGUGGCGGCGGCGGCUCAGUCGAACCAGGAAGAAGCCGACAACACGCGUUUUAACAAGGGAGAUUCUGCACAACCAGAAGAACAAAGUGACGUCCCGGCGUCUGCAACCCAGAGACGAGCUCUGCCGGCCUGGAUGAUGGCGGUUGUGGCAGCUCCACGUGCCGCCGCCGCCGCCUCCUCCUCCUCCUCCUCCUCUUCCUCCUCCUCCAGCCAGAAAGUUCCAGCAGCUGUGAAGAGAAGUAAAGGACCUCCGACCAGCACGCCCACCAAGAGCUCGGAGCUCAGCGGCGAAGAAAUGCCGAAGAAGAGGAGGAGGAAGAUGAGCGACAAAGAGCAGGAAACAGUUGUUCCUGCAGCCCCACGUCACACUGAACCCACCAGGUCCGAGGCGAGCGACGAGUCUGACGGCUUCACCGUGCAGGGGGACGAGGAGGGACGAGGAGGAGAGACACCUGCAGCUGACAUGAACACCACAACACUGACUGAUGCGACCAGCCCGGCCGAGGACAAGAAGUCCAAACAUGGAGGACAACAGACUCGACUCAGAACGGCGUGUCCGUACGGGAAGGACUGCUACAGGAAGAACCCGGUCCAUUUCCAGGAGUGCAGUCACCCCGGUGACACCGACUACGAGGACGAGGAGGAGGAGGAGGAGGAAGACGAGGAGGAGGAGGAGAAGCCCGAGUGCCCCUACGGCACCGACUGCUACAGGAAGAACCCUCUUCACAGGAGAGAAUACAAACACACAAAGAAAGCAGUUCGCACUACGCGAACCGUCCCCAAAAAGGCUGACGACGAAGGCGACGAAGGGGACGAGUAUGACGACAGCUUCAUUAACGACGACAGCGAGGACGCGGGCGAUGACUCGGACUACGAGCCUCCCGUGUCGGAGGACAGCGGUAAAGAGGACAUCGCAGAACUGCAGAAGGAAGCAAAGACCUUCGUGAAGAGGAGGAAGUAGAUCUCCUUCUUCUUUGUGUCGUGUGUGAUUGAAUCCUGCAGGAAACCCGUGUUUCAGUCUCUACGUCCUCUCAGCUUUCAGCGCCGUUAAUGCUCGACAUCAGGAACUUAACAUGAACUAAAGGCGGGGGUCAAUCAGCUUCCUGUGUCUCGUAAUCUGAGGCCGAGCGUCAGUCAGCUUUGUCCUGCUGCAACUAGCCCGCAGCGCUGACGCAGCCUCGGCGCGGGACUCGUGAAGCGUUUGUUUCUGACAAAUGUUAGCCGACCUGAGGGACGCACGCCUUGAUGAAAGCAGUUCAAAAUAAGUCUGUCGUUGUUGCUCUUUCCCCGGUCGUCUGGAUUAAGAGCGUGGAGCUCUGGCCUCUCGUCUUGCUUCCAGCCGCCAACGUGCAGAAGCUGUCAGGUGUCCUCUGCAGGUGUCGCCAUGGUAACCUCAAACACAACAGUGCACCACCUCGGUGAAUCAGGCUGAUUAAAUAUAAUAGGUCUUUGAAUGAAAACAUCCCUCGCGCCCUUUUAAAAUGCAAAUUUCUAUAAUAUAUCUGGUUGUUUACUGAAGAUGCAAAACACACAUGUUGACGAGUCAAGUGUUCAUCUGUGUGUCUGAUCAGCUGCACGGAUCCAAAGCGCUCGUUUCACUUCAGGUGAAGCUCCAUAAAUAUGUAUAUAAAUAUCUGUAUGUAGAUCUCUCUCAAUUGUUUCUCUAAUGUGUUUCUUUUUGCUUCCUUUAAAUACAUUUGAUGAA